AUGUCUUUUGCUGCCAAGCCAAGCCACGCAAAGAAGCGUCGCAUUGACCGCAUGACCGUUGACGAGGCCGUUAAGGGUACCUUGACCUUGCGCCUCACCCAGAUCUCAGCAACAGAACCCGACCCAAACAAAUGCAUUCCGCUCAUGGAGGCCCUCCCAGAGGCAAAGGCGAAGGGGCAGAAGAAGAAGCUGCAGCAAGGCAAGACACCCAAGACUCAGAGACGGCGCAGGGAGUACACGCCAGUGAGUUUUGCUCUGAUCUCUGUCUUGACUCUCUCACCUUCUCCUGACUUAGGGUUACUGCUCCCAGAUUCGUAUCAUCAGGGGUGUGCGAUUGGAGUCACGAGCAGAUGGAGAGCCAUUUGCAGUGCGUAGGAAUGUAAUUGCAACAACCAACAACAACAAGACAGUUCUUCAACGAUUUAUGAGCACCCCUUUCGACCAUGGAAAUGCGCACAAAAAAGAUCUCGCAAUCCUCAAGCAACUCUGUCUGACCUUGCAGUCGAUCAGCCUCCCCCCUGCCCAGAUUGUAGGCGAAGGAAAGAAGGCGUACAUGAUGAAUCUGGGGUACAUCAUGAGGGAUGAAACUCUGCAGAGGGGUUGGCGUACAAAGGACACACGUCAACAAGGGGUGACCAAUCGGACAAAUGUGCUCAGAAUGCUCACCUUUGUCCGCAAGUACAGCGAUCGAUGGGUGAGCAGGUUCACCCACGGCCGCCGCUACAACACGGACAAGUACGUCAAGACUUCCUUCUCUGGCAGUGGCAAGCGUUGGGAGCAGGUGAUUGCCGCUCUGCCAGUAGCAAAGUGGACGACGAGCGCGGUCUCGCUUCAAGUUGGUGUCAGUAUCAACGGCGAGAUGAGCAGCAAUCUGCUCCUUCCUUCUGGCCUGGUGGAUGAGACAGUGUCCUUUGUUUGGCUCUCUGCGGUUGGUGACGCUUGUUUGGUUACGUUGACCGACUACAACGUUCACGUCGAAGUCUUGCCUGGAGAAGUCGUCUUCUUAUGCCAGGAUGUGAAGUUCAGCACCCGGCGUCAUCCCAACGAAGACUACAACUACGGGAGGGACUUUGUUCUUGUAGUCGGUCUUCCUGACGGCUUCACCGACAGCACCGUAGAGAGCACAAAGGAUCCUACCCUGACAAAGGUUCUUGUAGUCGGUCUUCCUGACGGCUUCACCGACAGCACCGUAGAGAGCACAAAGGAUCCUAAGCUCCCUGACGAAGGCGCCAAUGCCAAGGCAGAGGAAGCAAAGCAAGCCUCGUCAUUUGCCAAGCUGACGCCACGCAAGCGCACCGGCGAUCCUGACCCCGACGAGCUGCUGGAGCAGGGCCUGCUGCCAGAGAACACAGCGGAGGAAGGCGGUGAUGAGGAGGAGGUGGACGAUGAAGACGAGGAGGAGGAUUUGCUCACGGACGACGAAUAG